UUGAGCAACUGUGAGCAAUGACAACAAUGGAUAACUCUGUUUCAAGGCCUGAGAUAGGAGUCAGUAACUCUCAUUUGGACUCUGUCCCAAAACCUCAAGUUAUUUACCGCUGUAAAAAAUGUCGAAGAAUUGUUGCGUCAGAAGAGAACAUAGUUCCCCAUGAGCGUGGAAAGGGAGAGCAAUGCUUCAAAUGGAAAAAGAGAAGUGGUGACCCCCAGGAGAAGGAAACCACUGAAUGCUCCUCCAUAUUUGUAGAGCCCAUGAAGUGGUGCAAACAGUACAAGAAGGGUUUGUUGGAGAAGGCCUUGUAGGAGAGAAACUUCAGUGCAUGGGCUGUAAAGCACGCUUGGGUUCCUUCAACUGGGCGGGCAUGCAAUGCAACUGUGGAACAUGGGUUAAUCCUGCAUUUCAACUGCAUAAAAGCAGAUUAGAUGAAUGCUUCAUAUAGAGUCGUAUUGUAUUUGGUGCAACAGAAAGCAGUGAAAUCCUUGGAAUUAUAAAUCCUUGGAAUUAUAGGUGGAUAGAAAUGCCAAGUUGACUGAACAUUGGCUGUCAUUAUAAGUUCUAAAUUUCUUUUUAUUAUUCUCUUUUGGCAAAAUUACCUCUGCAUUGCACGAAACAGCUGUAAAUAAAAUAAAAUAAAUCAAUACUCAGCAUCUAAGCUGUGAAUGAA